GCUCUGAAAUCCCCCAAAUUAUUGGCCCAUCAGGUGAAUAAAGCGGAGGUCAUAAGAUGGGUUCUGGUUUAAACGACACAUUAUCUCGGAACUACAAUGGUUUGGAGCUAUGGGAGAUAAUAGUGAUUGUUCUCUCCGCGAUAUUCGUUGUAGUUUUAGCUAUAUCACUUUGGCUUACUUUCAGGAGAAAAACCUCUAGAUCUUCUACUAAUCUAAUCCCUGUUAGUCGCCAGAUUCCUCCUAGUGUUCCUGAAGAGAUUAAAGAGAUUAGAGUUGAUGAGGUUUCGUCAAGCAAUGGUGGCAAUGGAUAUCCCUCUAUUAGUGAGAAAUUUGGGGAUAAAGAACCCGAAAAGGGGAUAAAAGCAGAGUCAGAAAAUGGCGAUAGUAGCCGGUCAGGCUCGUUUAAUCACUUGGAGAAAAAAGAUGGAUCGAGCGUAUCUUCUGCUAAUCCUUUGACAGCUCCAUCUCCUUUAUCUGGUCUUCCUGAGUUUUCUCACCUCGGAUGGGGACAUUGGUUCACUCUUAGAGAUCUUCAGAUGGCUACUAAUCAGUUUUCGAGGGAUAAUAUCAUCGGUGAUGGUGGAUAUGGAGUUGUUUACCGUGGUAACCUUGUUAAUGGUACUCCUGUUGCUGUUAAAAAGUUGCUCAACAAUUUAGGGCAAGCUGACAAAGACUUCAGAGUAGAAGUUGAAGCUAUAGGUCAUGUACGCCACAAAAACUUGGUCCGCCUUCUCGGAUAUUGCAUGGAAGGAACGCAGAGGAUGCUGGUGUAUGAGUAUGUUAACAAUGGAAACUUGGAGCAAUGGCUCCGUGGAGACAAUCAAAACCAUGAGUAUCUUACAUGGGAGGCACGAGUGAAAAUUCUUAUUGGAACAGCCAAAGCGCUCGCGUAUCUUCACGAGGCGAUUGAGCCAAAAGUGAGUUUUAUAACUACUAGAGUUAUGGGUACCUUUGGUUAUGUAGCUCCAGAGUAUGCGAAUUCCGGUCUUCUGAAUGAGAAAAGUGAUGUCUACAGCUUCGGGGUUGUACUCUUGGAAGCUAUAACUGGUAGAUAUCCGGUAGACUAUGCUCGUCCACCACCCGAGGUACAUUUGGUGGAGUGGCUGAAGAUGAUGGUCCAACAAAGAAGAUCAGAAGAAGUGAUUGAUCCAAACCUUGAAACAAAACCAUCUACAAGUGCGUUAAAAAGAACACUAUUGACUGCUUUGAGAUGUGUUGAUCCAAUGUCUGAGAAACGACCGAGGAUGAGCCAAGUUGCCCGUAUGCUUGAAUCCGAAGAAUACCCAAUUCCUAGAGAGGAUAGGAGAAGACGAAGGAGUCAGAACGGGACAACAAAAGAUUCAGAUCCUCCUAGGAACAGCACAGACACUGACAAGAGUGAGUACCAUGACCUAAAGCCUGAAGGUGGAUAGCCACUGGAAAUAAUCGAGGUGAAAAUUGUCGUAAAGUCUCGAGCUUUAUGUGAAGUUUUUCAAGUCCUUGGUUCUUCUCCAGAUCUUCUGCGUUAUGUGAUGUUUCUUUUCUUUUGUAAUAAGGAGAGAGGGAGAGAGAGUGAGUGAGUGUUGCUUGUAUAGUAUUUGUUUGUUGUUUUAUCGUUUGCUUCUCCACGUUUUGCAAUGUAGGUUGUUUUUGGACCAAGUAAACGCUAUUUGCAGGU